UGCGGUGGCGGCGGCAGUAGCGGCGGUAGCCAUGUGACCACGAGGCGUGACGCAUUGUGCAUGCAAUGGGCGCCUCCGCUGGACCGGCGGGGUAUCGUCAGCUACUGUCUAGAGCGUGCCCUGUCGUCGCGCUGCUUGCUGCUGCUUGCGUUAUUGAUAUGACCUUGCGGCCAGACAACGGCUACGCCGGGGGGUACUUGUGGAGAACGGAUGCGUGACGAGCGCUUGGCUCAACACUUUUCUGCGGUGGCCGACGGGACGGGCGGCAGCAACAGGUUUCAUUAAAAUGUCUAAAACUUUGGAGAGAAAGUGCUCCGAGCGGAUCUGCAAGAACGGCGAAGUGGACAGGACGAGAUCUAGGCUGCCAGAAGCUGCCGACAUAGUGGAAGUGCUGAAGAAACGAUUAGCCUUCCUUUCAGGAGGGGUUGACAAAAAUGGCUGUACAUUACUGUGUGUACCUGCACCAUGUGAUGACUUCAUGUUGCAAGACUUCAGGGAAACACUAGUCUACCUUAGAGGACUUAUGGAUGAAGAUGAUGAUGGAAAAGUGACUGUGGUGGUGCAAGGAGACAGUGCCUGGGGCAAGAGACUUGAAUGUGUCAAGGCAACCAUGCAGGAAGUGCUGGGGUCAAGGCUGAACGCCAUCCUAGUCCACCAUCCACACAAGACCUGGGAUGCCCGGUCGUCCUUUAGGGAAAAGCACUCCUCAUUGCUGAAGAACGUGACACAGCCCAAGCUGUUCAAACUAGUCAGUCCCCUGCAAUUGACACCUGAAUUCGGUGGUACGUUGCAGUACGACCAUCUUGACUGGUUGAGCAGGCAGUUGGCUGUGGAGAAGUACGUGAAGGAGGUGCAGCUUCUGGUGAAGCACACGGAUGGUGCACUGAGUGCCUGUCGCAGUCAACAGGGGUCUGCCAGGUCUCCUCGUAUCCCCCUCGAAAUUGGCCCCACCAUGGUGGAGGUGAUUGCCCGAACAAUCCAAAGUGGCCAAAGGUUGCUGGACAGCCUUCAGGUGGAUGUGGAGUUUGGCUUCAAGUCUCACUGUGGCCGGAGAAUGGCCAAAGAAAGGGCCAGUGCUUAUCACAAGGUGAAAACUGCCCUGGACACUGUACUGGAGCUGCAACAGUCCUUCCAGGAAGAAUGGACCAAGGAGUUAGAGGUGCUGAGGAGUAGUCAACUUCUGGAGGGAUUCUUUGCAGAAGUAGACACACUCAUUGACUGGACGACAAAUGAACAAAACAAUCUGAGGCAUUCGCAGAACUAUUUUGACCUAGAGCGAGCCAAUGCUUCAGCAAUGGAGAUCUUUGCCCGCUACUCUAAGCUACGACAAUGGUCAGCCAGCCUGUGCAAGGACCUGCCGUCAGAAGCAGACAGCAUAUGUGCUGCCAUGAAUCGACUUGACUUGGCCUGCGAGGGCCUGACUUCUCAGUUCAGGGGACGCAGCAGAGAGGGACUCUCUCCAACGCUGGAUCAUGAACUGCAGCAGUUUCUGGAGCUUGUCAGCACCACAGAGUCACGCCUGAGGACUUCUUGUGAUGAACCUGUCACAACAACAGCACAGGUCGAGAAACUUCUCGCGGAGCUUCAAGAAACCGAGAUGAUGAUAGACAGCCAGCUGCAAGCCUUGCGGGACACCUUCCAUAGCUAUGGUGAGAACACAGAGGGAGAAGUGUUCUGGCUUGCCCGAGAGCAGGUUGUGCACGUCAAGGGACAACUCGCCACUAGAAAGCAAGCCCUUAUUCAGGCGGGGCAGUUUCUUUGCUGCGAAGAAAAUGCGCUUCAGCUGGUUUCGUGGCUCGACAAACUCGCUGUUCGCCUCCAGCCCAAAUUUGGCCAGGACGACUACGAACUGACAGCGGCAGAGCAUUCCAGGCUUGAUGAGCUGGCUCGUGGCACGUAUCAUUAUGGCUUGAGGCUCCUGGACGAUGCUGUGAGGCUAAGGAAGCAGGUGUGUGCCGUGACAACACCCAGUAACCGAGUUGCGGACGCUCUCUUCGAUGCAUGGAUGAACUACGUCGCCAUCUCCAAGAGCCUGAGAAAUCCACAACGUGCCAGUACCCUUGGCACUGCUGGGGUCAGGGCAUCUAUCAGCUAGCAUGGACAGGCAGGAAUGGUGCCUCUUCUGCAACUACUAAGGAACAGAACUGUGAGCAACGAGAGGAGAAGUGAACAAUGUGCAGCGCUGGCUACAGCGAGGCUCGUGAAAACUUGUGAGACAAGCCAAUGGCACUUCUUGACGUACCCUCCUGGUGAUGUACUGCGAGCCCAGUUCAAUUGAAGUCCGUCAAAGCUGCAGUCUCGGCACACACGUGGACAGGCCACAGACGUCUUUAUUCAGCACAAACCAAAGAGCGGGAGUAAGUAGCAGGGAGGAGCUACUUAAGCAGCAGCAGGAGCCAGUGGAGCGCAGCAAAGAGGCGCUGCUUCUCUCGGGGCACUGUCUUCGAGCUCAUCAUGCAGCCCUGCAAGUGUAAAUUGAAAAGCCACCGACAAAACCUGGGUGCAAACCUGGGUGCAGCCGCUGCAUUAGAAGAAAACUAAUGGCUGGGUGAAAACUAAAGGCUGUACAUAUGCCGUCCAUGGGAUAGGCCUUUGCAUUUGCUGUGUACAGCUAAUGCAAAAUCUAGUUUCUGGGCAAUUAGCACUACGAAAAAACUACUUAGUCACUGAGAGGAGAGCAGAUUUUCCUCAUUUUUAAUCGCCCAUGACAAUGCAGGAAAAAAUUUAUCAUAUCAGCACUGUAAUUAAAAACCUGCAUUACACUGCAAAUUUUGGUAUUCAUGCUCGGUCAAGCAACUACCGUCCUAACCUAUUAAUUUAGUGUGACCUAGCUCAUGCCUAUAAUGUCCCCUAAAUAAAAAUAACUUAAGAGAGAGAGGGGUUGCAGGUUAACAAAGGAGCUUUUGAAGAAGCACUAAAGAUCGCAUAAUGAGCGAUGAAACGAAAAAUGAUAGGCAGACCGUUAAGAGACGGGAGUCAACGGAGCAAAUUGGGGUAACCAGUAUUCAUGUUAAGGUUGAAAGAAAGAAAUGGAGCGGGGCAGGACGGUGUAAUAAUUAGGGAUAACCGGUGGUCUAUCAGAGUAUCUAUCAGUGCCAAGGAAAGGGAAGCACGGUUGAUGAUGGCGGAGAAUUGCGUGCUGUGAAGAAAUCACAAAAUCACGCAUGCAUAAGACAGGGGUAAUUGGAGACCACUGGGAGAGGCUUUUGUCCUGCAGUGAAAAUAAAUAGGCUUACGAUGAUAAAUGGUGAGAGCAGCUCACAGAAGAGCCACCUACAGUUUUCUUUAGUUGUCCCCAUCUCUGCUUGUUUACUAGCCACUUGCCAAGUUUGUAGAAUUCACAGUUGGGCAUGUUAGUACUACAAGUUUACCGUGCCAUAAUGUGAAAGGGCAAGAUGUUUUCUGCCUUGAUGGCACAGGAUACUUUGUCAGGUUUUAUGAAUGAGAUCUCGCUUUUUGCACAUACCACUUGACAGAACUUGCUGCCGUGGGCAUUCCUUAUUGGGGUCAUUUUACUUUUAAUAGCAAGUUAUAUACUUGGUGCUUGCAGCAGUUUGUGAAGCCCCCUUGUCUGCAGCAUCCUGUCUGUCGUGUGCUUCUGAGAUGUACACUUAUUUG